CAGAACAGACACAACAGCCGGUCUCGCAAGCAACCGCAAAUACAAAAUGCAGGCGCAACAAUUAGACGCGAAUCAGGCGCGCAUUCAACAGCUGGAGGAGUUCAUAAACGAGGUGCUGAAGGAGGAACUGAAACAGCUCGAGCAAUGCCUCAACAAGUACAAUGAGGAAAUCAUGGAGUACGUGCAGCUGAAGAACACACUUCAGGCACUCGGCGACCACUUUCCGGAUGGCUACAAGACGCAAGUGAAUAUUGGCAGCAACAUCUUCAUGGAGGCACACGUCUCCGAAGCGGACAAGGUAUUGGUAAAUAUAGGCAGUAAUAUAUUUCUGGAAAUGAGUGCAGUGGAGGCAGAGAAACUCUGUGAUAUGCGCAUCAAAGUCCUGACCAAGCAAGCAGAUGUGCUGCGAGAGGAGAGCGUUAAAAAGCGCGCCCAAGUCAAAAUGGCAUUGAUUGCCAUCAGCGAACGCCAAAAUCUAGUGCAAGCCGCCGAUCAGGAAACUAAGUAGAUGUACUAUGCUCUACCUUAAAUUAUUGUUAAUUUGUUAAAUGAAAGAAAUGUACCUACUGUUUUAUAUAGAUAUGCUAGAUAUAUUUAAACAUAAGUAUUUUUACACCGGCAAUGAA